GGCGGCGUCCCGGGGCUCCCCGCCUGGCCCGGCCGGACUCGAGGAGCUGCCGCCCGCGCCCCGCUGAACUUUCCCGCCGAGCCGCCCAGCGCCCGGGGCAUGGGCCCCCCGACACGGAUCCCGGAGGCCCCGCGGCGCCCCAAGAUGUGAGAGGCCCGCGGCGGGCGCGGCCAGAGCUUCGGAAGGGAGCGCGGAGCCCCAGCCUCCCGGCGGGCGGCGCGACGCGGCGGCGGUGCCCGGUCCCGGGGCGCCCAGGGCCGGGGGAGCGGCUGGCCAGGCGCGGGCGGGCUGUCAUGCCCUGCUGAUUCCGCCCCCGCGAAGCAUGUUCGGGCUGGACCAAUUCGAGGCCCAGAUCGGCAGCAGGGACGCUGGCCAGGGCGACAGGAACUUCAACGAGGCCGGACUCAGCAUGAACGCCCACUUUAAGGCCCCGGCUUUCCACGCCGGGGGGCCCGCCGCGCCCGUGGACCCGGGCAUGAGCGCGCUGGGCGAGUCCCCGCUGCUGGGCAUGAACAUGGGGCCCUACGGCUUCCACACGCGCGGCCACGCCGAGCUGCACCCGGGGGCGCUGCAGGCGCAGCCGGUGCACGGCUUCUUCGGCGGCCAGCAGCCGCACCACGGCCACCCGGGAGGUCACCACCCCCACCAGCACCACCCCCACUUCGGGGGCAACUUCGGCGGCCCGGACCCCGGGGCCUCCUGCCUGCACGGGGGACGUCUGCUGGGCUACGGGGGCGCGGCGGGCGGCCUGGGCAGCCAGCCGCCCUUCGCCGAGGGCUACGACCACAUGGCGGAGAGCCAGGGCCCCGAGGACUUCGGGCCGCAGCGACCCGGGAACCUGCCGGACUUCCACAGCUCGGGCGCCUCGGGCCACGCGGUGCCGGCCCCCUGCCUGCCGCUGGACCAGAGCCCCAACCGGGCCGCCUCCUUCCACGGCCUGUCCGCCUCCAGCGGCGGCUCCGACUCCCACGGCCUGGAGCCCCGCAGGGUGUCGAACCCCGGGGCCGUCGACUCGCUGGAAUACAAUUACCCGGGCGAGGCGCCCUCGGGACAUUUCGACCUGUUUUCGCCCUCGGAUUCCGAGGGGCAGCUGUCCCACUACGCGCAGGGUCGCCAGGCGCCCGGGGGGGCCUCUUUCCCCAGCGCCUCGGCCAUGCCCAGGGCUGCAGGCCUGGCCGGCUUGUCCAAAAUGCACGGCCAGCCCCAGCCUCAGCCCCAGCCGCCGCCGCCGCCGCAGCACGGAGUGUUCUUUGAGAGGUUCGGCCCCCCCCGGAAGAUCCCGGUGGGGCUGGAGCCGGGGGUGGGCUCCAGACACGCGCUCAUGCAGCCGCCGCCGCCGCAGGCCCCGCCGCCCCCGCAGCAGCCGCCGCCCCCGCAGCAGCAGCCGCAGCCCCCGCCGCCCGGGCUGCUGGUCCGACAGAACUCGUGCCCCCCCGCGCUGCCGCGACCCCAGCCGGGCGAGGGGGGCACGCCCAGCGGCGGCCUGCAGGACGGGGGCCCCAUGCUACCCAGCCAGCACGCGCAGUUCGAGUACCCCAUCCACCGGCUGGAGAACCGGAGCUUGCACGCCUACCCCGAGCCCGUGUUCGGCAUGCAGCCCCCCCCGCCGCAGCAGGCGUCCAACCAGCGGCUGCAGCACUUCGACGCGCCCCCCUACAUGAACGUGGCCAAGCGGCAGCGCUUCGACUUCCCGGGCGGCGCGGGGGUGGACCGCUGCGCCUCGUGGAGCGGCGCCCUGGACAACCACCUCUCGCCCUCGGCCUACGCGGGCCUGCCGGGCGAGUUCACGCCGCCGGUGCCCGACAGCUUCCCCGCGGGGCCCGCCCUGCAGCACCCCGCCGACCCCCAGGCCCUGCAGCAGCAGCAGCAGCAGCAGCAGCAGCAGCAACGCCAGAACGCCGCCCUGAUGAUCAAACACAUGGCGUCGCGGAACCAGCAGCAGCAGCAGCAGCAGCAGCAGCAGCAGCAGCAGCAGCAGCGGCUGCGGCAGCCCAGCCUGGCCCAGCUCGGCCACCCCGGGGACGUGGGCGCCGGCGGCCUGGUGCACGGGGGCGCGGGCGGCGGCCUGAGCCAGCCCGGCUUCGAGCGCGACGGGGGCGGGGGCGCGGGCGCGGGGCGCCUGGGGGGCUUCGAGCAGCCGCCCCCCCCGCCGCCGCCGCCGCCGGCCCCGCACCUGGUGCAGGAGAGCGCGUGGUUCCCGGGCCCGCACCCGCCGCCCGGAGACCUGCUGCCGCGCCGCCUGGGCGGCUCGGCGCUGCCGGCCGACUGCGGCCCGCACGACCCGGGGCUGGCGCCGCCCCCCGCGCCCGGGGGCUCCGGGGUGCUGUUCCGGGGGCCCCUGCAAGAGCCGCUGCGGAUGUCCGGGGAGGGCCACGCGCCCGCGCUGCCCUCGCCCGGCCUGCAGUUCGGGGGCGGCCUGGGCGGCCUGGGGCAGCUGCAGUCGCCGGGGGCCGGGGUGGGGCUGCCCAGCGCGCCCUCGGAGCGCCGCCCCCCGCCGCCCGACUUCGCGGCGCCCGCGGCGCUGGGGGGGCAGCCCGGCUUCCCGUUCGGCGCGGCGGCCCGGCAGGCCACGCCGCACAGCGUGAGCUCGCCGCCCGGUGCGGGGGGCGGGGGCGGCGGCGGCGGCGGCGGGGGCGCCUUCCCCGCGCAGCCCGACUUCCCGCCCGGCCCGCGCGCCUCGGCCAGCAAGCUGGGCGCGCUCUCGCUGGGCUCCUUCAGCAAGCCCAGCUCCAAGGACAAUCUGUUCGGCCAGAGCUGCCUGGCCGCGCUGUCCACCGCCUGCCAGAACAUGAUCGCCAGCCUGGGGGCCCCCAACCUCAACGUGACCUUCAACAAGAAGAACCCGCCCGAGGGCAAGAGGAAGCUGAGCCAGGCCGAGGGCGAGGGCGGCGCGGCCGGCCCGGGCAACCCGGGCUCGGAUUACUUCCCCGGUGGGGGCGCCCCGGGGGCGCCCGGGCCCGCAGGCCCGCAGGGGGCCGCCAGCGGCAGCGGCGCCAAGGCCCCAGGGCCCCCCAACCCGCCCGCUCCGGGGGACGGCACCAGCCUCUCCCCCAACUACACCCUGGAGUCCACGUCGGGCAACGACGGCAAGCCGGUCCCUGGGGGCGGCGGCCGGGGCCGGGGCCGCAGAAAAAGGGACAGCGGCCACGUGAGCCCGGGGACCUUCUUCGACAAGUUCCCUGCCGCGCCGGACAGCGGGGGCGCGCCCGGGGUGAGCCCAGGGCAGCCACAGGCGCUGGGGGCCGCCGUCGGGGGCAGCUCAGCCGGGGACGCGCGGGGGGCACCCACGCCCCACGACAAAGCGCUCACGUCGCCCUCGUGGGGCAAGGGGGCCGAGCUGCUCCUGGGGGACCAGCCGGACCUCAUGGCGUCCCUGGACGGAGCGGCCAAGUCGGACGGUAGCUCCCCGCACGUGGGUGAGUUCGCCUCGGACGAGGUGAGCACGAGCUACGCCAACGAGGACGAGGUGUCGUCCAGCUCCGACAACCCGCCGGCCCUGGCCAAAGCCGGCCGCAGCCCCCUGGUGACCGGCUCGCCCAAGCUGGCCCCCCGCGGGCUGGGUGCCGGGGAGCACGGGCCCAAGGCGCCCGCGCUGGGCCUGGGCCUCUUGUCUACCUCUACCUCCGCCCCCGACAGCUACAGCGGGGGCCACCCGGGCACGCCGGGCCUGGAGCAGGUGCGCACGCCCACCGGCAGCGGCGGCGCGCCCCCACCCGACGACAUCCACCCGCUGGAGAUCCUCCAGGCUCAGAUCCAGCUGCAGCGCCAGCAGUUCAGCAUCUCCGAGGACCAGCCCCUGGGGCUCAAAGGGGGCAAGAAGGGCGGCGGCGAGUGCGGCGUGAGCGCCUCGGGGGCGCAGAACGGAGACAGUGAGCUGGGCAGCUGCUGCUCGGAGGCCGUCAAGAGCGCCAUGAGCACCAUUGACCUGGACUCGCUGAUGGCCGAGCACAGCGCCACCUGGUACAUGCCGGCCGACAAGGCCUUGGUGGACGGCUCGGACGACGACAAGACGCUGGCACCCUGGGAGAAGGCCAAGCCCCAGAACCCCACCAGCAAGGAAGCCCUCGAGCUCCCGCCCAGCAAGGCACCCGCGGCCCAGCCCGGCGGCCACCUGCAGUGCCUGUCCGUCCACUGCACUGACGACGUGGGUGAGGGCAAGGCCCGCUCCUCCGUGCCUGCCUGGCGCUCCCUGCACUCUGACAUCUCCAACCGAUUCGGGACCUUCGUGGCCGCCCUCACUUGACGAGGACUCCCCCUUCCCCCCCGUGCCCCCCUCCCGUGCCCCCCGUGCCUCCCACUCUGCCCCCCACCCCCAGCUAAUCCGCAGGGGGCUGGCAUGUUUUCUAGGUUGGCACAGGGACUGAAAAGGGUUAAUUUAAAAGGGAAAAAAAAACCCCUCAAAAUUUGUUUUUUUGUUUUGUUUUUGUUAAAGCAGUUGGCCUGCCAUAGUGCACGCCUGUGUCCCCUG